UUACUGAGUUUGCUCUCUUUAUUGUUUAUGCUUGUCCAGGAAAGACACCUGCUGGUGUAUUUUGGUAUCGCACCUUAAGUGCCUUUGUUUUGCUCCGCCAAAAUCCAGUUCUAACCUGUUCAAAGAGCUGUAUGGAUCGAAGCAGUUUCUAGCGGUCAGAUCCUUGGAGUAAAUACGUCCUUUUACCACACUGAAAAGAGAGAAAAGAAGAGCAACAGAGUUAUCUAAAGAAUGAACAUCUGAAAGUAAAGUUCAUCAACAAAACAUUCUGGAGCGUCAUUCCUUCUGCACUCUUUGGUUAGCUAUCUGUCUGUGCCUUGUAAGGAUGCACACAAUUGCUAGGACAGAAUAGUAAAAGGACGAAUACACAGCGGGUGAAGACAAAGAAGCAACUUCGAAUCACUCAACUCGUCAGAAACGCACAGCUACAAAAUGACGACCUCGCAAGAAGACAAAGCACAAGUGACUUUAGAAACGAGGUCUCACGUAAGCAGCAGGUCCAGCGCAUCAACAGCUAUUAGCAACGCUGCCACAAAAGCAAGGGCUAGGGCUGAAGCAUCAAAAGUGAAAUUCGCCUACGCAGAGAAGGAAGCCGUUAUGCUUAGGGAGAAAGCUUGCAUUGAAGAACAAAAGCAGAAAGUAUUAGCUGAAGCAACACGCCGUCAAGCAGAGCUGGAGGCUGAUCUUCACACGCUACAGUUAGAGAAGGAGGCAGAAGCAGCGUCCAGAGAAGCAGACGUCUAUCAGGCUGCAGCCGAGUGGGAAGACAACCAGCUACUGGAUACAGGUGAUGAAAACCGAGCUCAGCGCACCAGGGAGUACGUGCAGAACACUCCAGUGCAACACGCUCCACAGCCACUCCUUACGUCCCAGCAGACGCACAGAGAACCAAGCCGUCCUCUUCAAGCAACUGCUCAGCUGCAUAUGCUUCAGCCGCAACACCCUGCUCAAUUGUUCCCUCAGGCAACCAACCACCCACAGCUGAGCGGAGCUGACUACGCGGGCCUCCAUGACGAUUCAACGUCAAGCAGGCACCCCAUAAUACCCUCUUCUCACACAGCCAACCUCCCACUGCCUCGAGGAGCCGACUACGUGGGCCCAAACAACAUUCCAACGCCAAGCAGGUACCCCCUAGCGCCCCCUUCUCAUGCAACAUCGGACCACUACACUGGUGCGCCACCUCCAAUGCCAGACUUCUCCACAUACUUGAUAAGGAAAGAGAUGGUGAGCUCAGGAUUGACCCAAUUCGACGAUCGCCCAGAGAACUAUUGGGCAUGGAAAACGUCUUUCCAAAGCAUCACACAGGACCUCAACCUGACACACAGAGAAGAACUUGACCUACUCGUCAAAUGGCUUGGUCCGGAGUCAGCCACUCAUGCCAAGCGAAUCAGGUCAGUCCAUGUCACAAGUCCAGAUAAAGCAGUGGAGACCAUAUGGCAGCGUCUAGAGGACUGCUACGGCUGCCCAGAGGUGAUCGAACAUGCCCUAAUGAAACGGCUUGAAGAUUUCCCUCGCGUCUCAAAUAAAGACCCUCGCCAACUGAGAGAGCUGGGAGACCUGCUACAAGAGCUAGAGUCUGCAAAGUGGAGUGGCCUAACACCGGGGCUUGCAUAUCUCGACUCGGCUAGAGGUGUGAAACCCAUAGUUGAAAAACUCCCAUACGGCCUUCAAGAAAAAUGGGUCACACAAGGCUCCAGAUACAAAGAAGAGUUCAAGGUAUCAUUUCCACCUUUCAGUUUUUUCGUGAAGUUUAUCUGCAAUCAAGCAAAGACUCGAAAUGACCCGAGCUUCUUCUUCUCCUCAUCCAACGACUCAAACAGCAUGAAAACAGACAGAGCAGUCAACGUGAGUAACAAACCAUCCGUCUUUGUUAAGAAAACUGAGGUGUCUGCAGGGACUCGAAACUUUCCCAGCAGCCAAGCAGACAAGCAAAACAAUGAACCAGACAAAUAUUGUGCCAUCCACAACAAACCUCACCCCCUCUUCAAGUGUCGGGCCUUUAGGAUUAAGCACCUGGAUGACCGUAAGGCCUAUCUUAGAGAAAAUUAUAUUUGUUAUCAUUGCUGUGCCUCCACUAAACAUGUUGCAAAAGACUGCAAACUGUCUGUUAAGUGCAGAGAAUGUGGCAGUGACAAACAUGUGUCUGCCCUACAUCCUGGUCCCGCCCCCUGGUCAUCUGAAGAGACCAAGAGUGAACCAGAGCAAAGCGAACAGCAACUUGAUGUCACUACGAAAUGCACAAAAAUAUGUGUCGCCUCUUCCCAGCCCAGGUCGUGCUCCAAAGUAUGUCUGGUCAAAGUUUAUCCUUCAAAACAUCGUGAAAGAGCUCAACAUGUUUAUGCAAUAUUGGAUGAACAGAGCAACAGGUCACUGGCCAAGACACAGUUCUUCGACCUGUUCCGCAUUGGAGGCGACUCCUCUCCCUACACGCUGAGGACGUGCUCAGGCACAGUUGAGACGGCGGGGAGAAAGGCAUGUAGCUUCACAGUAGAGUCACUCGAUGGGAAAUCUACAGUAGCACUUCCUCCCCUCAUCGAAUGCAACACAAUACAAGAUGACAAGUCAGAAAUUCCAACGGCAGACAUCACACGACACUUUGCUCACCUCUCUCCGGUGCGAGACAAGAUACCACCUCUAGAUCCGGAUGCGCAGAUACUUCUUCUCCUGGGGAGAGACGUCCUGAGUGUGCACAAGCACCUCAUCGGAGGCAAUAUGUCCGGACAGAUCAGAAUCCAGCCGACCACGGCACCAGACCCAUGCCUCCAGCUCACUUGCAGCUCACAAACUGGUUCUCUGGACCUGCGUUCCUGCAACAGCCAGAUGCAGCAGAAAACAGUGUGGUGGAGCAUCUCCAGCUCAAAGGCCCAGAUCUGGACAUGGAGAUUCGACCCCAAGUAA